UUUUAUUUUAGAACCGAAAGCAAAUGGUGAGAAGGAGAGAGAAAGUACCAAAAGAAUAAAGGCAAGGCUACACUUGACAUUUUUGUCUUUGACGGUUUUGAAUCAAACAAAGGCAAAAUCUUCAAUCUUACACACCACCUUUUUCUUCCCAUAAGAACACACCUUCUUUCCUCUUUGUUCCUUUCCUCAACUUCAACUCUCUAAACUCUCUCCCCAACCAAUCUCUCUCUCUUCCCACAUACCCUUCUUCCAAUGUCAGCUCCAACUUCAAUCCAAAUCACCAAACAUCAAAAACCAACCCUUGAUAAUGUUAAACAGAACCAACAAGAACCAAAUAAGUUUCAUUACAAUUUUGCAUACAAAGCUACAAUAGUUCUCAUAUUCUUUGUUAUUCUUCCACUUUUACCUUCUCAAGCUCCUGAAUUCAUUAGCCAAAAUCUUCUCACAAGAAAUUGGGAACUCCUUCAUCUUCUUUUCGUUGGUAUUGCUAUCUCUUACGGCUUGUUCAGCCGUAGGAACCAAGAACCAGACAAAGACAACAAUAAUAACACAAAGUUUGAUAAUGCACAAUCACUUGUUUCUCGGUUCUUGCAAGUUUCAUCGUUUUUUGAAGAUGAAGUUGAUCAUCAAAACCAAUCUGAGUCUGAAGAUAUUAACAAAAUCCAAACAUGGAGUAAUCAAAAUCAACACUACAGAAAUAAACCCAUGGUUAUUGUUGCUCCUCAAGUACAGCAACUACAAAACUCUGUUUUUGAAGAUGAACAGAGUAGUUUCAAUGAAAAUGAAAAGCCUUUGCUUCUGCCGGUUCGAAGCUUGAAAUCCCGUUUAUCUGAUGAUGAUUGUGUUGUUCAAUCUCAAUCCGUUGAUGGGUUGUCUAAAACAACUACCAAAAGAUUUUCAAGCAAUUCUUUUAAUAGAGUAAGAAACUAUGCUGAAUUUGAAGGUUUGGUAGAAGAUAAACUGAAACAGAAAGAGGAAGAGAACGCUGUGCUUCCUUCUCCAAUUCCAUGGAGAUCAAGAUCAGCAUCAGCAAGAAUGAUGGAACCUAAACAAGAAGCUAUUGAAAAAGCUUUAAAGGCUUCAAUGGUGAUGGAACCUAAACAAGAAGCUAAUGAAAAUGCUUCUAAGCCUUCAAUGGUGAAAACUUCUUCGAUAAAAUUCACUCCUUCGGAAUCAGUUGCGAAGAAUUCAGAGGAUUUGAUAAAGAAAAAGAGCUUUUACUAUAAGUCCUAUCCUCCUCCACCUCCACCUCCACCACCAACAAUGUUUUAUAAAUCAACCUUCUUGAAAUCAAGGUAUGGUGAGAAAAAUGGAAGGAACAUGUCAAUGGGAAAAUCUAUAGAAGAAGGAACGAAUGAAAAGGAAGAUGAAGAUGAAGAAGAAAAAGAAUAUUCUACUUCAUCAAUGCAAGAGCAAACAGAUAAAGAAAGGUUUAUUGAAAAAAGGGUAAUUUUAGAAGCUGAAGAAACGGAUAGUGAUGAAGAUGAAGAUGUUGGAGAACUAAAACAGAGUGUUAAAAGUGUAAAAACAGAGGAACCAUGUUCUUCAUCUUUGAGUGGUGGCAUAGACACAGUGAGUGAUGAAGGACCUGAUGUGGAUAAAAAAGCUGAUGAAUUCAUUGCCAAAUUCAGAGAACAAAUAAGGCUUCAAAGAAUUGAAUCUAUCAAGAGAAGUACACGAGUUGCAAGAAAUUCUUCAAGGUAAUCUUCAACUUGAAGAUUCUUCUGAAUAACUAUUGGAGUGUUAUUAUUAUGAUAUUAUUUUUUUCAAAAUUUAAAUGGGAUGUAAUUAAAAUGGAUGUUUUCUUUCCAUGGUAUUAAGUAAGGUUGUAAUUACUAAUUGGAUUAUGUCCUAAUUCUCUCUAGUAAGAUCAAGUUAAGGAUUCUGCUGUCCUAUUUCUUAUGAUGUUUUUGAGAUGAGUUAGGGGAUAGGGCAACUUGUGUUUGUUCAUCUCUUGAUGCUAAAUUGCAAGUAGCUCAAAUUUUUAAAUUUGUAUUUCACAUUAGACCUACAAAA